AUUGAUCGACUAUCUUCAGAUUUGAUUCAAAAGAAAAGAAGAUCACACCCGGUUUACAUAUCGCGUCGUGUCAAUGAGCGAUUCUGCGUCGCAAAGGAAAUCGGAUGACAGUAUGACCCAGAAUUUCUCCGUUGACCAAUAUACCAAAACGCGAAAUAAUUGAUACGAAUAUGAAUUGAUUCGAAUAAGAAAAUCAAUAAAAGGAACGAAAGAUGAUCGGUGACACGGCGCAGAUCAACAAGGAAUUUAUUGAAUGGAUUGACAGCGUUCCGUUUUCAAGACCCGCGAGAAACUUGACGAGAGAUUUCUCGGACGCCGUUCUUACGGCAGAGAUUCUGAAACUAUACUAUCCCCGACACGUGGAGCUUCACAACUACGCGCCGGCAAAUAGCAUAAGUUCGAAGAGAGAAAACUGGAAGAUGCUGAAUCGAAAAGUACUUGCGAAGCUCGAGAUGAAACUGAGCAGCGACACGAUCCAUCAGCUGGCGAAUGGAUCGCAAGAUGCGAUCGAGAAGCUCUUAACGAAGUUGAGAAUGAAGAUUCUGAGGGACGGUGUAGAAAUGCACAGGCCGAAACUCAAGGACGGAGAAGACAAUGUAGAAGGCAACAACGUGCAGAUAUCAAGAAAUAAGAUCGGAGAUAGCUUGUCGGACAACAACAGCCAUGUCAAACAGCCGGUAGAAAGUUUAAAUAACCUCAAUACCGAUAGUAAAACUCGCGAAGUUAAACCGUCAAGUCUUAUGUGCUUCAAACGAGGGAUUCUCGUUAUCUCCAGUUGGAUUAUCUGUUUCUUCUGGAUAUGGAAUAUCUUUAACAUACUUCCUCAUUUCCGAAGGCGCCGAAGCAACACACUCGAAGAUGUUACAACGGAGCAGAUUGAAGAUACAAAGGACGAUAAUGUACAACGUACGAUUUACGCGGAAUUGAAACAGGAACUGCGCGAAAAAGAGGAAGUGAUAAGCACUUUGAAUCAUAAGAUCACAUAUCUAGAGAGUUCGAUGAAACUCAAGGAUCUGCGCAUUUCCAGUCUGGCGGCACAAAUUCUACAAAACGCUGUCGAAAUGGAUCAAUCAGCGAAGUCGCAAUCGAUCGAUGGCGCACGUGCCAAAUUACGUUCACGAUCGCACAAUUUUCAUGAAAACAAAACAAAUUAGAAAUUCGUAGUGCAAACUUAGCAGUGAAAACUUAGUUGUGAAAUUAUAAAUAAAAAAUUAGUGAGAUUUAUUAUAUCACAUGUAGCA